AUGUCUCCGCGGGAAGCUCGCGGUAUGAAGUCUCAAGUCAAUAUUGCAAGUCGCAAGAAAUCGUCGUGCAACCCGUUCUCCGAGGGAGAGGAGGCCUCGCUGCUGGCUCCAGAGCAAUUACAGUUUGACACAGUUUCCCCUGGUGGAAGUGAAGAGGAUGCAGAGAAUGAGUGCUCUGAUGCUGAGGAAGACGCACCUCCAAGGAAAAGACUGAGAGCUGAAAACACCUGGAAGAAAGUAAUCAACAAGAAAAGAAGAAUGGUUGGGAAGUCAUCCACAACGUCCAAACAGUAUCUGGAGCCUGUGUUCCAGUCGAUGGCUGAUCUGUAUGCAGUGUUUUGUCGCGCUGCAGCAGAGAAGAGUGUGAGACCUUUGUCAAGACAAGUGUUUGCAGAUGAGUUCAAGCGUCUCAACCUAGGCCUUUACCACCCAAAAAAGGACCAAUGCGACACCUGUUGUGCUUUCAAGACCGGAAACCUUCCUGAUGACGAGUGGCAGCAUCACCUCCUUAAAAAAGAAGAGGCCCGCGCCGAAAAGAUGUCCGACAAAAGCAAGACCAACAGCAACAUCAUGGUCAUAUGCAUGGAUUUACAAGCGCUCCUUUUGUGCCCAAAGCUAAAGGCUUCUGCCUUGUAUUACAAGACAAAGCUGGCAGUUCACAAUUUUACUGUGUACAACAUGCUGACACACAGUGCCACAUGUUAUGUCUGGCAUGAAGGCGAGGGAUCCCUAUCUGCCAGUGAGUUUGUUUCAUGCGUGGUUGACUACCUCUCUGCACACACUGAGCCGGACACAUUUAUUCUGUGGAGUGACGGCUGCGGAUAUCAGAACCGGAAUGCAGUUCUAAGCAGUGCACUUCUUCUGUUCGCCAUGAAGAAAAACAAAGUCGUCAUCCAGAAGUACCUUGAGAAGGGCCAUACUCAGAUGGAAUGUGAUUCCGUUCACAGUGUCAUCGAGAGACGUCUGAGGGACCAGGAUGUCUAUGUCCCAGCGGAGUAUGUCAGUCUCAUGAAGAGGGCCCGUGUGAAGCCUCAUCCAUAUGAUGUCAAAUACAUUGACCACACCUUCUUCCAGGACUUCUCCAAGCUGAGGCUCUGCAAGUCUCUGCGCCCUGGAGUGAGGCCUGGUGACCCAACUGUCCAUGAUAUCAGAGCCAUCAGAUACAACAGCAAUGGAACAAUGGACUUCAAGAUCAACCACUCUGAUGACUGGCAUCCACAUCCGACUCACCAACUCCGAAACUCCAUCUCAGACAACCACCCAGUCACCCCACUCUAUUCAGACCGACUGAGGAUCAAAGAGCUGAAAUUCAAUCAUCUCCAGGACCUGAAGGGAGUCAUCCCAAAGGACUACCACAGCUUUUAUGACAAUUUGCUUCAUUAG